AUGUUCGGGAUCCAGGAGCAUCUGAUACGAGAAGCGAGCGGAUUAAAAGAGAGAACUCUUGGAGAGGAGAUGGAUCCAGUCCGGUCGUGGGUGCGUAAUGUCGGGGUUGUGGACGCGAACGUAGCGGCGCAAAGUGGAGUUGCCCUUUCAAGAGCUCAUUUUGAGAAGCAGCCGCCUUCCAAUCUCCGCAAGUCCAACUUCUUCCACUUUGUCCUGGCGCUCUAUGACAGACACGGCCAACCUGUGGAGGUGGAGAGGACUGCAUUUGUGGACUUUGUUGAGCAUGACAAGGAGCAGACGGGAGAAAAGACCAACAACGGCACGCACUACAAGCUGCAGCUUCUCUACAGCAAUGGUGUUCGUACAGAGCAGGAUCUUUAUGCACGACUUAUUGACUCUGUCACCAAACAGCCCAUAUCAUAUGAGGGACAAAACAAAAAUCCUGAAAUGUGCAGAGUUCUGCUCACACAUGAGGUUAUGUGCAGCCGCUGUUGUGAGAAGAAAAGUUGCGGCAACCGGAAUGAGACGCCCUCUGACCCAGUCAUCAUUGACAGGUUCUUCUUGAAGUUUUUCCUGAAAUGCAACCAGAAUUGUCUGAAGACAGCAGGAAACCCGAGGGACAUGAGGAGAUUUCAGGUGGUCUUGUCCAGCACUGUGAGUGUGGACGGCCACGUCCUAGCAGUGUCUGACAAUAUGUUCGUCCACAACAACUCAAAACACGGUCGGAGAGCUCGCAGACUGGAGCCAGGCGAGUCAGCUGAGAAUACUAUGGAAUAUGCAGCGACCCCAUGUAUCAAAGCCAUCAGCCCAAGCGAGGGCUGGACCACUGGUGGGGCCAUGGUCAUUGUUAUCGGGGAGAACUUCUUUGACGGGUUGCAGGUGGUGUUUGGCAGCAUGCUGGUGUGGAGUGAGCUGAUCACGCCGCAUGCUAUCCGAGUCCAGACACCCCCUCGCCACAUUCCUGGGGUUGUGGAGGUCACACUGUCUUAUAAAUCUAAACAGUUUUGCAAGGGAGCACCCGGACGCUUCAUCUACACAGCCCUGAAUGAGCCAACUAUAGACUAUGGUUUCCAGCGUCUUCAGAAGGUCAUUCCCCGACAUCCUGGUGACCCAGAAAAACUAGCCAAGGAAAUCCUCCUGAAGAGAGCAGCAGAUCUUGUGGAGGCCCUGUAUGGAAAUCCACACAGUAAUCAGGACAUGUUGCUGAAACGUGCCGCUGACAUUGCUGAGGCACUCUACAGUGUUCCCCGUCCUCACAGUCAGCUGCAGGCGCUGCCCAGCUCACCAGCUCACGGCAGUGUCAUGGGUCUCGGUUCCUAUCCUUCUCAGUUAGGUGUCAGCAUCGGGGAGCCAGUACAGAGCAGCCAAGGUUACAUUCGAAACUCCAGCAGCUUGUCUCCAAGGGGUUACCCCUCAGCCUCCACUCCUCAGCAGUCAAGUUAUGGGGGCAGUGGAGGGAUGACCGGGGGCUACGGUACAGUUCCCAUGACCAGUCUAGGAGUUCCUGGCUCUCCUGGUUUCAGCAGUACCUCCCCCACAGGCUCUCCUUACAUAAUGCCCUCCAGCCCUACCAUACCAGGAAGCUCCAGCUCUUCAUCAUCUCUCUUGCCUUUCUCCUCCUUCCCGUCUGCUGCUAAACAGAAGAGUGCUUUUGCUCCUGUCCUCAGGCCCCAGGGCUCUCCCUCCCCUGCCUGCCCUGCCUCAGGGGGGAACAGCUUCAGAGGUAGCCAUCCAACUCACUAUCUGACCCCCCUCUCUGAACUUACGAAUGCAGUCUAACCCCUUGU